CUUUAUUCAUACGCACAUUCACAUACCGUAUCUUCUGAAGAGAAAUCUGGAGGACCUACUUUACCAUUUCUACAGGUGCACGGCAAACAACUUGGUAUUUCACCAUUAAUCAUCGGUAGUAUAUUUGCCAUAGUGCCUUUGCUAUAUCUGAUAGCAAAACCAAUAUUUGGUUUCAUCAUAGACUAUUUUCAAGCAUGGAAGAAAAGUUUUAUAGUAUUGUUCGUCAUAACACACAGCUGUUAUGUCGGUAUAUUUUUUUUACCGGCAUUGCCAGGUGCAAUAAUGUCAUCAGAUCAUUUUGAAAAUGUUUCGUAUGCACUUUUACCACAUUGUGAUAAGGAACAUCACGCAUCAGAAAUCGCAUUGUGUAAUGGUAUAAAAGAUACCAAUUGUAAUUGGAUAUGCGAAAAUACGAAUUUUUCCACACGAUUAUCUUUUUAUGCAACGGAAAGAAAAACAAUUAUGUCACUAGAUACCGCAUGUUUAAUAAAUGUGAACGAUAUAUCACCGUCAAGAAAAUAUAACACAAAUGAUAAUUGCAACGUUACUUGUGACAAUUUUGAAGAUAAUCAUUGUUUGUAUACAUCUAUCAUAUUUUGGAGUUUUGUCCUCUUAAUAUCUCUCGGCAAUAUUUGCAUGCACUUUUACAUGCUCGUAAGCGAUGGGAUUUGCCUUGCCAUAUUAGGACAAAAUGAACGGUUAAAGUAUGGUAUGCAACGAGUAUGGGGUACAAUAGGUUACGGUCUAACAGCAUGUAUAAGUGGAUACGUGAUAAGUUUAUGGCCACAGGAGGAGACUUAUAAAACUUACACUUUUGUAUCUCUUUUUGCAUUUAUAUUGGUUUCUAUCGAAUUGGUCUGCUGUAGUAAAUUGAAGGCAUCAUUAGAACCAGGAUCAACCACUGUGAAGGAUGUAUUUGCGCUAUUGAAAUUAAAAUUUGUCGUCAUAUUUCUAUGCUUUACUGCAUUUAGUGGCAUCCUUCAUGGCGUCACGUUUAAUUUUUUAUUUUGGUAUCUAGAAGAUCUUGCUAAUGCGACUGGUUAUACGGACAAAAUCAAAUUGACAGAAGGUUUACUCGUGGCAGCUCAGAAUUGCGGUGAAAUAUUAUGCUUCUUUCUAUCUGGUAACAUUGAUUAUUUUUUUAUUUCACACAAGUAG